AUGACUUCCGCGGGAGCCUCUCCAUCCAGCUCCCCACGCCUCCCCAGCCCUCCUCCUUUCACCGAAGUCCAGAUUGCCCCCCAGUCGCCUUCCUUCGGCGAGACAUUUGGCAAAGAUGCAGAACAGCUUCUAGGAGGGUCAGCUUCCGAUGAUGGCUCGACGCGCAGGAUCCGGCCUGGUACCAAAGCAGCUGACAUGGCAUCUGGACCGCCGCUGGUUCCGCUGUCGCAGGUAGGCUCAUAUAGUGCUGAUCCCUCAGCCGCAUCCUAUCCUAACUUUUUCAAGCUCGAUUCUCCUUUCCAGCUCCAGGAGCACCUGAAAGCCUUGUACCACCACUUCACCAAACCCGAAGGAUCUGACACGGUAGUCCCAAUCAACCGCCAAACUGCGAUCCAACUUGCCCAACCGCCGGACGGAGUCGACCGAUCUCUCUGGCUCUACGAACUCUGCCGCUUCCUCACUAUGAAAGUUAAUAAUCUUAUCAUUGCGUUUUUCGCCGAGGACCCGCCUUGCUCGUCGCAGACUUGCCCCGAGAUGCGCGCGUCGGAAUGGCAAUACCUCUGCGCUGUCCACGAUCCUCCAAAAUCUUGCUGCGCCAUCGAUUACUGCUGCCAUACUCUUGACUGGGCCAUGAAUACCCUCACCUCGCCGAAAUACUUCCCUAGCCGGCUGACGCUGGGUUCCGAGACCGCCGGUGGACCGCAAGCAAGCAUGAGGAACUUGACCAACAUCUUCCGCCGCUUGUACCGCAUCUUCGCGCAUGCUUGGUUCCAGCAUCGGAAUGUGUUCUGGGAGGUCGAGGGCAACGAUGGCCUCUACAUUUUCUUCAAGACUGUCUGCGAUAUGUUCAGUCUUAUUCCGGAGGACAACUACACCAUCCCUGCGGAAGCGGAAGGUAUCGAUGCUACCGAAUCUCAAACGGCUGAACCAAUUGAGGGCAAGCGCUUGACUAUCUUGCGCAAGGAGGAUGAGAACCCUUUCGGAUCAAUUGAAGGCCUGGACCCGUCCAUCAGUACCGGUGCCACUACGCGACGACAUAAGCAUAGCCCAUCUACAGGCUCACAUGUCGGUACAAUUACAGAGGCUGCCGAAGACUCGGAGGAAUCCCCGCAAGCCUCCGCUCCUCUGCGAGAGGUCUUGAAGGAUUCACCGGAGCCCCCGGUCGAACCUCGACCUCAAUCCCCCGCAAACACCGAGAUCACCCAGAUCGGCCCCGAAGAGACCACUGAAGUGCCUAGUGGGGGUACCGAGCAAUCUCCCGCACAAACUGAGCCGAAUUCGAAUGAAGCGCCUGUCGAGACCGCCGAACAGGCCGAAAGACCGGCUGAAAUACGAGUGAAACCGGUAACCGAAACGCCCGCGCAGUCGGAGCAGUCUGAGGAAUUGGAAAGCAACGAUGCCAAAGUCUCAGAGUCCACUGAGAAUGCACCCGAAGGCGACGACUUGACGACCUCAUCUGCCGAUCAAGAGACUAAAGAAGAGCCGGUGCAGGAGCCUGAGUCGAAGACGGAAUCCUGA